CAUGUCGCUGUCUCUGCUGCUGCUGCUGCUGCUGCUGGGCAGCUCCCAGACAUCUCAUUUUAUGGGAACGGUCAUGACCUUCUACCCAAAAGACCGCAGCCCAGAUGGAUCGGUCACGGUCGUCCUUCGCUAUAAGUUGAACUUCCACGCUUUUGGCGGCGACACGUGGAGGUGCUUCAGGGGGAACUGUGGGAGUCAGAGUUCUUUGACGCUGAACAGAGUGUCCCAGGAGAGCAGCGCAAAGUGGUACCAAGACGAGGGAGUCAUGACUCGGCAGGUUCUCGACAGAGGUGCUUUUCAGCUGUGGUUGAGCGGUGCUGCCUGGAUAAGUAACAGAAAUGGCAUCUCAUCAUGGAGAGCCGUGACACUGGUAGAUCUGAGGAACCGUUCCGACACCAGCAGGGCCAACGCGUCCCCUCAGACCACCAUCCUGCCACUUGUGAGAGUUCCUUCAAACUGUCAGAGAGAUUUCAACCUGUUGGCGUUUGACCCUGACGGAGACGAGGUUCGAUGCAGAUAUGGAAACGCAUCACUGUCAGAGUGUAGCCCCUGCACGCCAGCGUCUGUCCUCCGCCUCUCACCGUCGUGUACUCUGUCAUUCGGCGCCACCAGCAGCAGUGAUGAAGGUCCGUACGCAGUCCAGCUGGUGAUGGAGGACUUUCCCAGACAGACGAUCACCCUGACUCAAGGCGGAAGCUUCCAGACGAACAUAACUACAAACAACGCUAUCAGCAAAAUACCUGUCCAAUUUGUUCUACAGGUGGAUCCUGCGGUGCCAUCCUGCACAGAGGGACUCUAUCUGCCAGCGUUCCUGCCUCCAACACCGGCCAACAGAGCUCGACUUUACACCCCCGUCAAUCAGACCCUGGACAUCAGCAUUAGCGCAGCUGCAACUUUCUCCAUGGUCUCUGAGCUGCUGUUCAGCGGGCCGCACAACGUGAACCAGACCAGAUCAGGACCAGGUCAGUUUACCCUGAGCUGGAUGCCGUCUCAGAGCGAGGAGGGAGAGAGCCAACCCAUCUGCUUCAUUGUCCAAGCACUUUCCAAUUCAACAAAGUAUCAUUCUGAGCUGCGAUGUGUCAUCGUAAGUGUUGGAAACGAUCCAUCACCAAGCGCUGAACCAACUUCAGUGAGACCUACGCCAUCAGCGGGACCUACGCCAUCAGUGAGACCUACGCCAUCAGAGGGAUCUACGCCAUCGUCCCAACCAAUUGUCAUUCGCUUGACCGCGAGAAUUUCCUCUGUGGUGGCUCUGACUGAGGAAGACAUCAGGAGUACGGUCGUACAGCAGCUUAAAAACGAACUGGUGAAACUCGGAUUGCCACCCAGCGCCAAUCUGACGUUACUGAGGAAGGUGUAACUGGAAACUACAGCCACUGGGGACCCCUGCCGCUUCAUCGUGGUCACCUAUCCACUCGUGCACAAAAUCUAAGAAGUUUUCAUUUAAAUUUAAAGGUUGAACUGGGGAAACUGGGCUUUGUUUUUAUCAAGGUCCAUUUAGUAGCUGUUAUUGACAAUACACCACUGUUCACACACAUACACACACUUUAACGUGUAGUCAGAGACACAUAGCGUAAACACACACGCAUAACACAUAGUUCUUCUCCUGCUUCUCAACCUCAGCUCCUAUCAAAAAGGGAGUCUGCCAUAGCGGACAGAUAACAGGUUUUCAAACAUCUUGCUUCAUGAAUCACUUCAUUAUAUUAGUUCUGAGACAUCCUCUCUCCUGUGCACGGUACGUCCCACACAUCAGUACACACACAUAAAAUGAGCACACACACCGAGGCAAUAUGCUUAUGAACUCUAGUAACCGCGACUCAGCGUGCACGUCAUCAUGCAACGCCAGGAAGAAGACCCAGUGACGCCAGGAGGGCGGGACUGCCUUGUGAACCAGCCAACGAGGCAAUGCCGCGCGUUCAAGAACCUCUGUCACGCCCGGUAUCGAUAUAAAAGCUAUGUGCGUACUUUGUCUCAGCGCCAUUUUUCCUGAGCAGGACUGAUGGCCCAUGCAUGGACCCAUGCAUGCUCAUUUGCUAGACACUGCAGUUUCCUGACCUGUGACCUCUGAAUAA